UUAUUUCAUGGUGUGUACCAAAACAUACAAAAAACGCACACAAACAUACCUAUGAUGUGUGACAAGUCUCUAUGGUCAGUUUCGUAACUGAAGUUUGGAUGAGAUCGGAGGAAUGUAAGUCUUGACUCGUGACCAGCCCGACCAGCUUGACUUGUCCCACGAGACCUGAUCCCUUUCUUACCAAGCCUCUCAAACGAGUAACACAUAGCCCAGGUGAAACGCAAGCGCAAGACCCUUUUUAGCAUAUUCUCCCAGCUACGGUCUCCACGCCUAACCCGUCCCAUAUCAUGUCCGAUUGGGAACUUCGACACGAGUUAAGCUUGGCAUGCCAUCAAGAUCUGCGGCAAAAGAUCCAGGAUCGAUCCCGCGCCGUGCCAUCCUCUCAUACCUAUCAAAGUCUAACGCGCGAAAUUGGUGCCUCUUUAGGCUCGUUCAUAAGUCAUGUCCAAGGCUUGGAGCGAGACUUGAACCGUGGCUCGGCCGUGACGCCGCGCGAGAUCAGUCGACGGCAAAAACUGGUGGAAGACCUUCAUCUCAAACACCGUCAAAUCAAGGCGCAGAUUGACGAUAUCGCUCAGCCCCGCGUCCAACAACGCUUUCAAUUACUACAGGCCCCUUUGCGAAGUGGGGCGGGCCUGGCGGACAUGGGCUCGGUGGCUUGGGCUCACGACGACGGGGAUGAAGAUGACACAGGGCUCUCAAGUCCGGAGCAGGUCAUGGCCUGCCAGGAUGAGGGUUUGGAUGCACUUCAUGAGGUGAUUGUUCGCCAAAAUACAUGGUCAAAGCAUAGGCACGGAGGUGGAGCCCAAAACCAUUUGCUGGAGGAUAUCGAUACCGGCAUGGACCAGACACGCCAGAGACUCCUCGAUACUACACGUCAGAUCACUCACGUGGAACGACGAGACCGGACUUGUCGAUACUGGGCAGUGAUUUUAGCCUUACUCGUGCCAAUUGUGAUACUCUUCCUCUUACCCGACCGAAAGUAAAAAUGCCCACAUUACGUUAUAUAUUUGUGCCACUAACAUUCAUACAUUUUAAAUACUAAUGUUUUGAGUCUCUAGAUGUAAA